UCUCUCGCCUCCCUCUCCUCUGUUCCUCCCUCAUAAGCCCAUGCAUACACACUAACACUUUCUUUAAAUCAAUCCCUGCACACCCUCUCUCAGCUUCUUUAAGCUCCUUUGUCUUCCCCUCUUCCUCUUCCUUGGUCUCAUCUUUUCUCUCUUUCUCCUUAUGGCUUCUUCCACAGGGAGUUUAGAGACCUCAGCCAAUUCUCGCUCGACCUCUUUGUCCUUCUCCUCCCCGUUUCCAACCUCCUUCUCUGAGCUCCUUGCGGGAGUUGGCGAUGAUAACAUGGAUGACCAACCGAGGAAACGGGAUAGCCAGGGGCUUUCAGACCUGGCAGGGUUGGACGGGGGAGGUAUACCCAAGUUCAAGUCUAUACCUCCUCCCUCAUUGCCCAUCUCCCCUCUUCCUUUCUCUCCCUCUCCCUACUUUGCCAUCCCGGCUGGUCUAAGUCCUGCUGAGCUCUUGGAUUCUCCAGUUCUCUUCUCCUCUUCUAACAUCUUGGCAUCUCCAACCACUGGGGCUUUUCCUUCACAGGCUGUCAAUUGGAGGUCCACCUCUGCUAAUCCUCAACAAGGCAUCAAGGAGGAAAACAGGGCCUACUCUGAGUUCUCUUUCCAACCCCACACAAAGCCCAUGAACUCCCAAUUAGCAUCCUUCCAAGCUUCUUCAGCCUCAGUUUCUAUGGAAGAGGCCUUCAAAGGACUUCAACAAUGGAGUUACCUUGAGAUCGGCAACAAUAGUUCCGAACAAUCUUCACAAAGGGCCAACAUCAAAGCUGAACACAUGGCACCAAUCCGAACUAAUUCUUCAGAGAUUCCAACUCUGCAGGCCAAUUCACAAAACAACAACAACGGUGGGUAUAAUCAAUUGGAUUACAACCAUUCCAACCAAGCUGCUCAGACCCUUAGACAGCAGGGAAGGUCAGACGAUGGCUACAAUUGGAGAAAGUAUGGGCAGAAACAGGUGAAAGGAAGCGAGAAUCCGCGGAGCUACUACAAGUGCACCUACCCGAAUUGCUCGACAAAGAAGAAGGUGGAGAGGAACCUAGAAGGGCAGAUCACUGAGAUUGUGUACAAGGGCACCCACAACCACCCAAAGCCUCCACACAAUAGAAGGAACUCUGCUUCUUCUCAGGCAAUUCAGGGUUCUCUCCAUUCUGAAGCAUCCGAUCAUUCAUUCGGUGGGCGAUCUGGCACCCCGAUCGACUCCGUUGCGACACCUGACAAUUCCUCAGUUUCCUUUGGUGAUGACGAUGUUGAUAUGAGCUCGCAGAAGAGCAAUCCCGGAGGGGUUGACUUUGAUGAAGAUGAACCCGAUGCAAAGCGUUGGAAGAAAGAAGGUGAGAAUGAAGGGAUAUCAGCUUCAGGAAAUAGAACAGUGAGGGAACCCAGGGUGGUGGUUCAGACCACAAGUGAUAUCGAUAUCCUCGACGAUGGGUAUCGGUGGAGAAAAUAUGGGCAGAAGGUGGUGAAGGGCAAUCCAAAUCCAAGGAGCUACUACAAAUGCACAACUGUGGGUUGCCCGGUGAGGAAACACGUAGAGAGGGCAUCACAUGAUCCAAGGGCUGUGAUCACAACAUACGAGGGCAAGCACAACCAUGAUGUUCCUGCAGCUAGGGGAAGUGGUGGGCACACAAUUAGCAGGCCAUUGAUAGACAACAACAACAACAACAUCAUCAGCAUGGCCAUAAGGCCUUCAGGCAUAGCCAACCAUGCAAACCAAGUCACUGCUAACUCUUUCUUCGGAGGACGGCUCCAUGCAUCGGAAAGCCAAGUUCCAUUUCCACUAGAGAUGCUGCAGUCCCCGACGAGCUUCGUUUACUCUGGAUAUGAAAAUUCGAUGACCUCCUUCAUGAAUCAGCCACAAAAUCAACAGCAGAGACACAUGGAGAGUAUGCUUCCUAAAACUAAAGAAGAACCAAGAGAGGACUCGUUUCUGGAGUCAUUGCUAUUCUGAAAAGGAUCGAUUUGUGGUAAUUUGAAUAAUGUUGUAUAUGGCAUGGUUUUGGUGUAAAUUUUUGCAGUGAUAUACAGAAGACAGUUUCAUUUGUUCAUUUGUUUGAGGCCCUUCUGCGCUAGAGACCAGGCCUCUGAUACUCUUCUAACAUAUCUGUAUCACUAUUUUGCAACACGGAAAGAGACCACGGGUAGUUUGAAUAU